AGCUAAUCAAAUAAAUUAUAAAACUUAAUAGCAAAAAAAAAAAAGAAGGAAAAAUGGCACUACUCUUGAACUCGAGUUGCUUCUUCGCGAAACCUUCGAUUUUUGAAUCCAAAGGGCACCGGAAUCCAACGGCGGUCUUCGCGUCAGCGGCGGAGAGAGGUGGCGUUGCUUCCCGGAGGAAUCAAUCAGGAUUGGAGACUCGCAUCUCCCUUGUUAUGGCACUGGUUUCUCAGACCUCUUCGCUCUCUCGGCGAUUGUUGAGUGAAUUGGCAGCAGAGACUGCGAAAUAUGCAUUUCCGAAGAGAUUUGAAGCUCGAAAUCUGGAGGAGGCGUUCAUGGCUGUUCCCGAUCUGGAAACAAUCAAAUUUCGCGUUUUGAAGCGAACCGAGCAAUACGAGAUCAGAGAAACCGAGCCUUACUUUGUAGCUGAGACAACAAUGCCUGGAAAGAGUGGAUUUGAUUUCAAUGGUGCAUCUCAGUCAUUCAAUGUUUUGGCUGCUUACCUAUUUGGUAAGAAUACUGGUAGUGAAAAAAUGGAAAUGACAACACCUGUGGUUACUCGAAAGGUUCAGUCUGAUGGAGAGAAAAUGGAAAUGACAACACCUGUGAUAACAAAACAAUCUGAUGAUCAAGGUAGCUGGCAAAUGUCAUUUGUCAUGCCUUCCAAAUAUGGUGCUAAUCUGCCAUUACCAAAAGACUCCUCCGUAAGAAUCAAGGAAGUGCCUCGAAAAAUUGUUGCAGUAACAGCCUUCUCAGGUUUAGUUACAGAUCAUGAUGUAAAGAUCAGAGAAGCCAAAUUACAUGAAGCUAUCAAGAACGACACGCAAUUUCAACUGAAAGAAGGUGCGCUAGUAGAAAUUGCACAGUUCAAUCCACCCUUUACCCUUCCAUUUACUCGCCGGAAUGAAAUCGCACUCGAAGUUGAGAGGAAAAUCAAAUAGAUACUUCUACAGAGCAUGUAUCUGCUUGUAUAUCUCUGUAUAUAUUACCGAAUAAAAUCAUUCGGGUCUUGUGAUGGCCAAGCAAAGUGUAUCAUCAACAUGAAUGUUGUAAAUUGACUCACACAUGAUUUUACUGAGAAAUAAAGUUAAUGCUGUCUUCACUAUCAA